UCCUGCGCGUUACGUUUCGUGCGCCUGUCGCCUUUACAUAAGCAACCCCACUCCCCCACUCUUUCCCCUCCCCUUCCUUACCCACCCGCUCCCGUCUCUCCGCCGCUUCCUUGGAAGAAGACGAAACCCUCGCCCACAAAUCCAUUCCAGCCGAAUCCGGGCCAGGAGCAGUUCAUCGCCUUCAUCCGAUCCCGUCGCUUCCCUACGCAACCCGACCCAACUCUUGAUUUUGGAAAUGGUUGGUAGGCAGGAAGGAGCAUGAUGGCCAAGACCAGCUCGUUCAAGCUGGAGCACCCCCUCGAGAAGAGGCAAUCUGAGGCUGACCGGAUCAGAGAGAAGUACCCUGACAGAAUUCCUGUGAUUGUUGAGAAGGCUGAGAGGAGUGAUAUUCCUGACAUUGACAAGAAAAAGUACCUCGUCCCUGCUGAUCUUACAGUUGGACAAUUCGUGUACGUUGUUAGGAAGAGAAUCAAGCUCAGUGCCGAGAAGGCUAUCUUCAUCUUUGUGAAGAACACUCUUCCACCAACAGCUGCUCUGAUGUCCGCAAUCUAUGAAGAGAACAAGGACGAGGAUGGAUUCCUGUACAUGACUUACAGUGGCGAGAACACCUUCGGGCUGCACUAGAUGGCGCCACAGCUCACCGCAAUCGUCCACCCUUGCUUCCUUACUAAUGCCUCCUGUAAAUAAGACCUGCCAAGCAACUGUGUAUAUCCUGGUUUCCUCAUUGCAAGUGACUGCACUCUACUACUAAACACCUAUCAGCUGUCCUUAAUAUACAUCGUUUAAAUCAAGUAAUUGACUGGCCUUGCAACAACUGGUCAAUAUGUUACAGAA